CUAUGGGACAGUAUUUCGUCUACAAUUUUUGAGAAAGGAAGGUACUGUUAUCUUUAGUUUAACUAUCACAAACUGUUUUUUACUUUCAAUCACAUUAUAGUGUGGUGUCUACGUACCUAUAUAGUUAAAGUGAUAUACGCGACUAUUUUCUAACGCGAACAGAAAGUUACCACUGGUAGUAACGAUAAGUAACGUUAGCUAAUAGCACCAGGACAAAAGACAUCUGGAAUAGUUAGUGACAAGAAAAGCUGAGGUAAAGAUUUAUUAUAAAAACAUUUGACGACAUUGGUCUCAUUGGAACUAAUUAAAACAGUUCCUGUCUUUAUGAUAUCCUCAAGAUGCGCAGACAGUCAACAAAUCCAUUUUGCUUCGAACAUCGAAAAUACAAUCCAGAGACGAGACACGCGCAGCGACUUCCAGUAUUAGAUUAAGCGACAGUUUCUGAAGACGGCGUUGGAUCUGCUACGAAACCAUGUCUGUCGCCAGAAUUCAGAAAAAGUUGGACGACAUUGAUGUGGGUCCGGUGGUACACGACGUUUCGUCAGCGGCAGAGGACAAAACGACGUCUUUGCUGGAAAACUGUUGCGUUUGCGAUACGCCAUUACACCAAAGUCGGUUACCACAACUCUUUCCAUGUUUACACUCUGCUUGCAGCACAUGUCUGUCAAAACAGCAUGUGGAGGAGAACAACAGAAAAUCCAUAGUAUGUCCCUCCUGCAAGAAGUUAUUUGGCAUCACGGAAAUCACUGAAAAUGUUAUCUUUAAGCAGUCCCUUCCCUCGUCAGGGAGUGAAGUAUAUAAGUGCGGAGGAUGUGAGGAACUUGGAAUCAAUGGCUGGUGUAAGGACUGUGGGGAAUUCCUAUGCUCUGACUGUGUUUCUGCCCAUAACCGAGUCAAACUCACCCGGGGUCACACAAUUGUAGCACAGGAGCUAUCUGAAGGUUCACAUCCUACCCUGUACUGCCCAGCUCACAGAGACGAACCUCUGAAAUUCUUUUGCGUGACCUGCAGUCAGCUCACUUGUCGGAACUGCCAGUUGGUUGACCACAGAAAUCACAGCUAUCAGAUGGUCACUGAGGCAGUAUCUGCUUUACGGGAAAAGCUUCAGUCACUACAGGGGCAAGUGACAAGACACAAGGAGCAAGUAAAACAGAGUGAACUGGAUUUGGAUCAGAGACUACAGAAUAUUACUGACCUGAAGACUUGUCUCAAGAAAAAAAUUUCUCUGGUGGUGUCAAAGAUGCAUCAUUCCUUGCUGUUGAAGGCGCUCAAUCUCUUUCAGUCUGCUGUGGCAGUGUAUGGGAGAGAGGAGAAACAACUGUCCCAAAGAAAGUCCUCUCUGAGGAGACUAGAGGAAAGACAGGACUACAUUAUGUCUUUCAUUGAAAAAACUCUCAGCAUAGAAGGCCAUGCUGGAAUACUCCUCAAAAACAAAAUUGAAGGUCAAAUAAAGGAUCUGCUGGUUCAGAGUGUAAAUCCGCCUGCUUCUAUGCUUGAACUGAAUGUCCAGGUCAAUCAGUCCAUCAUGACCUCAGUGGAAAAUUUCGGAGGAAUCACUCUCAAACUUGUCCCCUUUGCACGCCACCAGUCCAACCAGUCCGAAUCCCUUCUUCAGAGCGUACCAAAUCUCCAUAAUGUCCCCAAGGACUGCAUCAUCAACACAGUGACGUCCACCUCCUCGUCCCCGGACUCUUCUACUCAGGAGGCGACACUUCUCGGUCGAACCCCAGUGGCUUCCCCCUCCAAUCACAGUCAGUCUCACAACACCCCGCUUGGAAUCCCGAACUCUGCGGCUUGCUCGCCUAACGCUCCCCAGCCGUCUACUUCCUCGUCUGGCCAGACUGCGCCCAAGAACUGCAUCGUCAACACCGCAACAUCCACCACGUCUCCUGACAUCUGUGCUCAGGCAGCUCUGCGCGGUCAAUCCCCAACAGUUCCCCCCUCUCAUCACGGUCAGCCUAAGAACGCCCCACUUGGUCAUUCGGUUUAUGCUCAGUCUACACUCCCUCAGUCUACACUCAUUCAGGCUACGUCUGCCCCAUCUAAUGCCCCUCAGUCUCAGUCUGCUUCGUCAAGUAGCCUUCAGCUCCCUCGGUCCUCUUUGCUUCCUUCUCAACCUCACAUUAACGGACCUGCCCUGCUGCAACAUAAUGCUGUAUUACCAUUGGCUGUACCCUCCACAUCUUUCCAGCAACAGAGUCAUCAGGGUCAGACUGCGUUUUUUGUUCUUUCUUCACCUAUAAUCCAGAAUCCUCCCCAGGUCCUGUGCGGUCCCUUCAGCAUCGCCAAUGUGACAGAAAAAUCAGUAAAAGCACAGUCUUCACCGCAAGUGCAUGCCCACUCUGGCUCAGCUAACUCCACGGCAAACAGUGCUAGGCCAUCUCACUCGCGUAAGCCUGAUCUGACAGCAUCGCAUAGUCCUCUGUCAUCUCCCCCAAAACCAGCACAGCAGCCCUCGCCCACCAGGUCCCUUCAAGUCAUCCGGCCUGCUCAUACCCCAUCUCAGUCCAAAAUAUUUCAUUCUCCUCCUCCAGCAUUGGUCCAGCAUCGGUCUUCUGUUGACGGCCACAAUCCCCAGUCUCGCCCGCAGCAAGUACAGGUUUCUCCCCAUUCACCGGCUCCCCCAGCAGUAUCUCCAGUAGAUCGACACGGUACUCUUUUGUCUUCUCUUUUACAGCGGCCAUCUCUCACCAAACAUCCUCAAACCAUUCGGCCUACUUCUGCGGACACAGGGAAAGCUCACUCAGGUCAUUCCCAGUCUCAGUCCAACACAUUUCAGUCCCCUCCCUCAGCAUUGGUCCAGCAAGUACAGGUUUCUUGUGUUGACGCCCACAAUCCCCAGUCUCGACCGCAGCAAGUACAGGUUUCUUAUGUUGACGCCCACGAUCCCCAGUCUCGACCGUCAGUAUCUUCACUAGAACACCCUCAUGCCCUAUCUGCUUCUACAUCCCCAGGAAAAGCCCGGUCAGGAUGUUCUGAGACUCAGUCCAACACAUCUCAACCCCCUCCCUCAGCAAUGGUGCAUCAAGUACAAGUUUCUACUGUAGAUGCUCAACACCCCCAGGCUCCUUUGACAGCAUCUCCAUUAGUUCAACCCAGCACCAUUUCUUCUCACCAAAAGGCACUGAAGAAGGCCUCUCACAAAAAGGCGGCCCUCUCUAACCCUUUAAUUUAUAAUAUCCUUCAGGGCCGCUCUGCUGAUACCCAGAAACCCCAAUCUUCCAAAACCACUCCUAAUAAUAAAUCCUUGAGCCUUCAGGAUCCGAGAACAUUGAAACUGAUUGCAAAAAGACUCGCAAUGCUCCAGAAAAAGUCUACCAACAACUUCAAACGGCGUCAGUCAAAAGUGUGGAAAUUCCAUCAAUGCCAUUCCUCUGCUGGGACUGAUAAAACCAACGAAUACACUCUCAGUGGCAGUGAUGCUUCAGUGUCAAGCCCAGCUGGUUUGCCAGACCCUCAGAGUGACACUCAAACUUUGACCAUCCAGCAAACCACUAGUAAGACAGAGGGCCAAGAGGAGCCAUCAGAACAGAGGGAUAUCCUACCACAAUUAACCAAGGACGCUCGCAACAUACAUUCAAACUGGCUCAAUGGACUUCCACAAAGCUUUCGAGAGAUAUUGGGAGUACUGCCACUUGGGAAAGGGGGGCAGGAUUCCCCUCAAACAGACACUGUCAAGACCGAAGAUCCUCAGUCCUUGUCAAGAACGGAGUCUGAAGAUUCAGUGCCUGUUGGUGACGCUGAUUCUGUGACAUCUGACAAGGCUGAAAGCACAGCAGAAAUAAAGUACUGCACACUUCCAGAGAAGAUGUUAAGAUGUCAAGUUGAUUUGAUUCGAUUGGAUAUAAAGUUGCCACCUGCUGGACAUUCACUUCCUCGGUUCAGAGUUGGCACUGAUGGAUCGCUUGAAAAUAUCCCACCGCCAGAGACUAAAGUGGAGGAACUCUUCGUGGACUCUGAGAACUCGGAGAGCUCUCCGCUGUCUCCUGGCUCUCCAGGGAGCAGCCUCCGCUGCGAGGUGUGCAGUGCAAACAGAGCCACCCUCCUGUGUGCGGUGUGUGAAAGGAGCUUUCAUAGAGACUGCCACGUUCCUUCAAUCGCCGCCCGGCUCUGCAAUUCCGAAUGGACAUGCUCCAUAUGCCAGGACCUGUCUGAUUCAAGAGACCCAUUCAGGAAGGAUAGACGGAGGAAGUUCUGGCUGAACUCACUUGAUCAGAGGAGAUGCGAACACCUCUUGCUCGCCCUGAUGUGCAAGAAGAACAACAGCGUCCUUUACAGCCCAUGCAAGGAUCCAGAGUCAUCUAUAGACUUUCAAUUCAUUCAUGAACGGUUGAUGAGGAGACGGUCCCCUCCGUACCGCACGCCAUCUGAGCUGGUUUCAGAUGUCUGGGUGUUUCUGGAGUCCGCUCUCUCCAACGCCGAGGAGACUGAGGAUGCUCUGAGGAUGCUGAAGUCCUUUGAGAAGAGGGUCAACCUGAUCUUUGGAGACACUCUCCAUCAAUCUCUUCUGAAACGAUCCACUGCGGAAAGGGAAAAGGAUCUGGGAAAAACUGGAGGACCAAUUUCAAAGGACAUGUCAGAAAGCGAAGAUGACUCCUCAGACGACUUCACAGAACCUGUCGUCAAAAAGCGUCACCGGGACUAGACAGAGACUGAGCAUUAUGUCAAGAUCGCUGUCGAUAGUUUUCCCUCAGCCUGCCAAAAAUGCACACAUCUCGGAGACUGUGACUGUGGCAAGGCAGCGACUACAGUGUGACAGGAAGCAAGUCUAAAAAGAAGAGGUCUACAAGUUUUCAGCUCAGUGAUGUUGAUUGUGGAUCUUACAGGUACAAGAUAAAGGGAGAGAAACACAGUGACUGUCUGGUAAUAGACACGGACACAUACUUACCACAAAAAUACCAUACAGUUGCUGAUGUUGCUGUUGGCACAUUAUAAGAAUAGCUGAAGCUUUCAAUUUCCACAAUUUCAAUUUAUAUAGAGUAUAGCAUGUUAUAUGUUUGCUAUGUAAUAUGUUAUAUGUAAGCUAUCCUGUUAAUAAACUUUCGGAAUAGCUGUUAAUAAGUGCAUGUCUUUUCUGGGUGAAAAUGGCAGAAAAUUGCUUUUUCAUUGACCGCUAGAGGACGCCAGCAGCACUGCAUU